AUGAAGCCGGAAAUUGAACAAGAAUUAUCACAUACUUUGUUAACAGAAUUGUUGGCUUAUCAAUUCGCUUCCCCAGUUAGAUGGAUCGAGACUCAAGAUGUCUUUUUGAAGCAACACAACACUGAGAGGGUCAUUGAAAUUGGGCCAUCACCAACUUUGGCUGGUAUGGCUUCAAGAACUAUCAAGGCAAAAUACCAAUCAUAUGAUGCAGCCUUGUCUUUACAACGUCAAGUUUUGUGCUACUCUAAAGAUGCAAAGGAAAUUUACUACACUCCUGAUCCAGUAGAGCCACCAGCUGCUGAAGAACCAAAGACAGACUCAAGUAAUGACGCUGCACCACCAGUAGCAACAGCAACAGCUACCACUCCACAAGCAGUUGCUCCGUCCGCAGGUCCAGUUGAAUCUAUCCCUGACGAGCCAGUCAAGGCUUCCUUGUUGAUCCACGUGUUGGUUGCUCAGAAAUUGAAGAAACCAUUGGACUCUGUUCCAAUGUCAAAAGCAAUCAAGGAUUUGGUGAAUGGUAAGUCUACUGUGCAAAAUGAAAUUUUGGGAGAUUUGGGUAAGGAAUUCGGGUCUACUCCUGAAAAGCCAGAAGACACGCCAUUGGAGGAAUUGGCAGAACAGUUCCAAGAUACAUUUUCCGGGUCUUUGGGAAAAACUUCCACCUCAUUGAUUGGUAGAUUAAUGUCCUCAAAAAUGCCCGGUGGAUUUUCCAUUACUACAGCUAGGAAGUAUUUGGAGUCCAGGUUUGGUUUGGGACCAGGUAGACAAGACUCCGUUUUGUUAACGGCUUUGUGCAAUGAGCCAGCUAGCAGGUUGGGUUCAGAAGCAGAUGCUAAAUCCUUUUUGGAUUCAAUGGCUCAAAAAUAUGCAAGCCAUGCUGGAAUUUCAUUGUCGUCAGCUUCGGCAGGAGCAGCAAGCUCCGGUGCAGGCGCAGCAGUUGUUGAUAGUGCUGCUUUGGAUGCAUUGACAGCAGAAAACAAGAAAUUGGCUAAACAACAAUUGGAAACAUUAGCAAGAUAUCUCCAAGUCGAUUUAAGCAAGGGUGAAAAAGCAUUCAUCAAAGAAAAAGAGGCAACUACAGUCUUGCAACAAGAGUUGGAUUUGUGGGAAGCAGAGCACGGAGAGUUUUACGCCAAGGGUAUCAAGCCAGUAUUUUCCCCAUUGAAAUCGAGAACUUAUGACUCUUAUUGGAACUGGGCAAGACAAGAUGUAUUGUCAAUGUGGUUUGAUAUCAUUUUUGGUAAAUUGACUUCUGUUGAUAGAGAAACAAUCAACCAGUGCAUUCAGAUUAUGAAUAGGGCAAACCCAACUUUAAUCAAAUUCAUGCAGUACCAUGUUGACCUUUGUCCUACUUAUAGAGGAGAAACUUACAAAUUGGGAAAGAGAUUGGGUGAGCAAUUGAUUGAAAACUGUAAGCAAGUUUUGGGUCAAAGUCCAGUUUUUAAAGAUGUCAGCAGAAUCACUGGUCCAAAAACCACCGUCAGUGCUAAAGGUGAUAUUGUUUACGAAGAAGCAGAGAAGGAAUCGGUUAGAAAGUUUGAACAGUACGUUUUUGAAAUGGCACAAGGUGGCUCAAUGACAAAGAUGAAACAGUCAACAAUCCAAGAAGAUUUGGCCAGAGUUUACAAAGCAAUUUCAAAGCAAGCGUCAAGGGACAGCAAAUUGGAAUUACAAAAAGUGUAUGAUCAAUUGUUGAAAGUUGUUGCCGGAUCCACCGAGAUCGAAACAGAGAAAACUACUCAAGACGCCUUGGAAAUUCCAACAGGAGCCAACACACCAACAGAAGACGACGAAUUAUCAACUGCUUCUGAUGAUGAUGAAAUUGCUUCCUUGCCCGACAAGACUUCCAUUAUCCAACCUGUCUCCUCAACUAUUCCAAACAAGACGAUUCCAUUCUUGCAUAUUCAAAGCAAAUCCGAAAGUGGAAACUGGGAAUACGAUCGUAAGUUGUCAUCUGUGUAUUUGGAUGGCUUGGAAUCCGCCGCUAUUAAUGGUUUAACUUUCAAGGACAAGUACGUAUUGGUUACUGGAGCUGGUGCUGGAUCCAUUGGAGCAGAAAUUUUGCAAGGCUUGAUUAGCGGUGGUGCUAAAGUAGUUGUCACCACCUCACGUUACUCCAAAAAGGUUACAGAGUAUUACCAAAACAUGUAUGCUCGUUAUGGUGCUGCUGGAUCCACCUUGAUUGUUGUUCCAUUCAACCAAGGUUCCAAACAAGAUGUCGAUGCAUUGGUCGAGUACAUAUACAACGAUCCAAAGAAGGGUGGUUUAGGUUGGGACUUGGAUGUUAUCAUUCCAUUUGCAGCAAUCCCAGAAAAUGGUAAUGGAAUUGACAAUAUUGACUCAAAGUCUGAAUUUGCUCACAGAAUCAUGUUGACAAACCUUUUGAGGUUGUUGGGUGCAGUGAAAGCCAAAAAGACAACAGAUACCAGGCCAGCUCAAUGUAUCUUGCCCUUGUCUCCAAACCACGGUACAUUCGGUUUCGAUGGAUUGUACUCUGAGUCAAAGAUUUCGUUGGAGACUUUGUUCAAUAGAUGGUAUUCUGAAGAUUGGGGAACCAAGUUGACCAUUUGUGGUGCUAUCAUUGGUUGGACAAGAGGUACUGGUUUGAUGAGUGCAAACAACAUCAUUGCAGAAGGUAUUGAAAAGUUGGGAGUCAGAACCUUUUCCCAAAAGGAAAUGGCUUUCAACAUUUUAGGUUUGUUGACUCCUGAAAUUGUCAACUUGUGUCAAGAAGAGCCGGUUAUGGCAGAUUUGAAUGGUGGUUUGCAAUUUAUUGACAACCUUAAAGAAUUCACUUCCAAGUUGAGAAAUGAAUUGACCGAGACUGCGGAUAUUAGAAGAGCUGUUUCAAUAGAAUCGGCAGUCGAGCAAAAGGUUAUCAAUGGUGAAAAUGUUGAUUUAAACUACAACAAGAUUACUGUUCAGCCUAGAGCAAAUAUGAAGUUCGACUUCCCAACCUUGAAAUCUUAUGAAGACAUUAAACAAGUUGCUCCGGAUUUGGAAGGUAUGUUGGAUUUGGAAAAUGUUGUGGUGGUUACAGGAUUUGCUGAAGUUGGUCCAUGGGGUAACGCAAGAACGAGAUGGGAGAUGGAAUCCAAAGGUGAAUUUUCCCUCGAAGGUGCUAUUGAAAUGGCCUGGAUUAUGGGUAUGAUCAAGUACCACAAUGGUAAUUUGAAAGGCAAGCCUUAUUCUGGAUGGAUUGACGCAAAGACACAAACUCCAAUUGAUGACAAGGAUAUCAAGGCCAAAUACGAGGAAGAGAUUUUGGAACAUUCUGGUAUAAGAUUGAUUGAACCUGAGUUGUUCAACGGUUACGAUCCAAAGAAGAAGCAGAUGAUCCAAGAAGUUGUUAUCCAACACGACUUGGAACCAUUUGAGUGCUCUAAAGAGACUGCUGAGCAAUACAAACACGAACAUGGUGACAAAUGUGAAAUUUCCGAGAUUGAGGAAAGUGGUGAAUACAGUGUUCGAAUUUUGAAAGGUGCAACUUUGUUUAUUCCAAAAGCAUUGAGGUUUGAUAGAUUGGUGGCUGGUCAAAUCCCCACUGGUUGGGAUGCGCGUACUUAUGGUAUUCCAGAAGAUACAAUUAACCAAGUGGAUCCAAUCACUUUGUAUGUUUUGGUUGCUACAGUUGAAGCGUUGUUGUCAGCAGGUAUCACUGAUCCAUACGAGUUUUACAAGUACGUCCACGUUUCUGAAGUUGGUAACUGUUCAGGUUCAGGUAUGGGUGGUGUUAGUGCUUUGAGAGGAAUGUUUAGAGACAGAUAUGCCGACAAACCAGUUCAAAACGAUAUUUUGCAAGAAUCCUUUAUCAACACCAUGUCUGCAUGGGUCAAUAUGUUGUUGUUAUCUGCUUCGGGUCCUAUCAAGACACCUGUGGGUGCCUGUGCCACCGCUGUGGAGUCUGUUGACAUUGGUAUUGAGACCAUUUUAUCUGGAAAGGCCAAGGUUGUUAUGGUUGGUGGUUACGACGAUUUCCAAGAGGAAGGUUCGUACGAAUUCGCCAAUAUGAAUGCUACAUCGAACGCAAUUAAUGAAUUCAAGCACGGAAGAACACCAAAGGAAAUGUCAAGGCCAACUACAACCACCAGAAAUGGGUUUAUGGAGGCUCAAGGGUCUGGUAUUCAAGUUAUUAUGUCUGCUGAUUUGGCAAUAAAGAUGGGUGUUCCAAUUCACGCCGUUUUGGCAAUGUCAGCAACAGCAACAGACAAGAUUGGAAGAUCAGUCCCUGCUCCAGGUAAAGGUAUCUUGACCACUGCUAGAGAACACCAUGGAAACUUGAAAUACCCAUCGCCAUUGUUGAACGUCAAGUACAGAAAGAGACAAUUAUCAAAGAGAUUGGACCAAAUCAAGUCCUGGGAGGCUUCAGAACUCAACUACUUGCAAGAAGAAGCUGAAUUGGCAAAAGAAGAAUUUGGUGAAGAGUUUUCCGAGGCUGAGUUUAUGAGAGAAAGAACAGAGGAGAUUUACAGAGAGUCUAAAAGACAAGUUGCAGAUGCAAAGAAACAGUGGGGUAACUCCUUCUACAAGUCUGAUCCUAGAAUUGCUCCAUUGAGAGGGGCCUUGGCAACGUUCAACUUGACAAUCGAUGAUAUUGGAGUAGCUUCAUUCCAUGGUACUUCGACCGUUGCAAAUGACAAGAACGAGUCAGCAACCAUAGACAACAUGAUGAAACAUUUGGGUAGAUCUGAAGGAAACCCAGUGUUUGGUGUGUUCCAAAAAUACUUAACUGGUCAUCCAAAAGGUGCUGCCGGUGCUUGGAUGUUGAAUGGUGCUAUUCAAAUCUUGGAAUCUGGUAUUGUGCCUGGUAACAGAAACGCUGAUAAUGUUGACAAGGUUUUGGAGCAAUACGAAUAUGUCUUGUACCCAUCCAGGUCCAUUCAAACAGACGGUAUCAAGGCUGUUUCUGUUACUUCUUUCGGAUUUGGUCAAAAAGGUGCACAAGCUAUUGUCGUUCAUCCUGAUUACUUGUAUGCUGUAUUGGACAAGUCAACUUAUGAAGACUAUGCCAAGAGGGUUACAGCCAGAAACAAAAAGACCUACCGCUACAUGCACAAUGCAAUCACAAGAAACACCAUGUUUGUUGCCAAGGAUAAAGCUCCUUACGCUGAUGAAUUGACUGCAGAUGUUUACUUGGAUCCAUUGGCCAGGGUUUCACAAACAAAGAAUGAAUUUGCCUUUUCAAAGAAAUCAAUUCAGUCAGAUAAAUCGUAUGUGAGCGACAUCUCCAAUGCCACUGCCAAAGCUUUAUCAUCUUUGAACAAGUCAUCCAAGGGUGUUGGCGUAGAUGUUGAAUUGUUGUCAGAAUUGAACAUUGAUAAUGAAACCUUUUUGGAGAGAAACUUUACUCCAGAGGAGAUCAAGUAUUGCCAUAGUUCGGCCAACCCACAAGCAUCAUUCACCGGAACCUGGUCAGCCAAAGAGGCCACUUUCAAAGCUUUGGGAGUUAAAUCUCAAGGUGGUGGCGCAAGCUUGAAGGAGAUUGAAAUUGUUAGAGAUGGAAAUGGUGCACCAAAAGUUGUAUUGAAUGGAGACGCCAAAUCAGCUGCAAAUGCCGCAGGAGUGAAGAGUGUGAGUGUCUCAAUUUCUCAUGACGAUUUCCAAGCUACUGCUGUCGCCCUUAGUGAAUUUUAA